AUGUUUCGAAGACUUCCGACGUGUUCGUGGAGUCUAAAAUCAAAAAUUAAUGGAAUUUUUCAUAAUUGUAACUUUGCUACAGCAAAUUCGUCGCAGCGACCCAUAAACUACGACACUUUGUCAAUGCGGGACCCACAACCUGUCAGCCAAAAAUAUAUCAGAGUUGGUGUGGCUACAAUAACAUUCAUUAUUGGUUUACGACUAAUCAGCGCGCUAAUAAAUAGAGAAAACGAUGAAGGUUUCAGCAGUGCGCUUAAAUCAAACGCUUUUUCUUGGCCGCAACAUUAUAAUAUAUUUUUGCCGCGAAAUAGGCUGGAUGUUAAUGAAGAAGAUGACGAAAUUGGUGGUUAG